AUGCUCUUCACUUCAUGUAAACAGGGGCUACAAACACGUGCUGCUUCACUGAAACUGCACCUCUUCCCCGAACUAAUCCCAGCGUAAUAAUCCCUCCCUCUUCCUGCUUUCCAACACAGCCAGUCCCUUUCAGUCCAGAUGUUUCCUGCUUGCUGCCUCUUUCGCAGAUCUGCCAGUGUACGGAUGGGUGUAACCAACAUGUUGUAAAGUGAAGCCCCGUUCACUGUAGAUCAGCAAGCAAACAAAGAAAGAGAACUAAGCUUUGGCUUGGAUCAGUUCCCAGUUUUUAUUUUGUAUGCAAAAGCGAAACUAUUUCAUAUUCACCGUCUCUUUGAGGUGAAGUGGCGCAGCAACAAAACCUAAUGGAUCAGAAAAAACUUUGCUGUUCGAUCUGUUUGGAUCUACUGAAGGAUCCAGUGACUAUUCCCUGUGGGCACAGCUACUGCAUGAACUGUAUUAAAAGCCACUGGGAUGAAGAGGAUCAGAAGAAAAUCCACAGCUGCCCUCAGUGCAGACAGACCUUCAGACCGAGACCUGCCCUGGUGAAAAACACUGUGCUAACAGAUUUAGUGGAGGAGCUGGAGAAGACAGGACUCCAAGCUGCUCCAGCUGAUCACUGCUAUGCUGGACCUGAAGAUAUGUCCUGUGAUGUCUGCACUGGGAGAAAGCUGAAAGCCAUCAAGUCCUGUCUGCAGUGUCUGGUCUCUUACUGUGAGCAACACCUCCAGCCUCACUAUGAAUCCCCUGCCUUUGAAAAACACAAGCUGGUCGGCCCCUCCAAAGAGCUUCAGAAGAUCAUCUGUUCACACCAUGGUAAAGCGAUGAAGAUUUUCUGCCGCACUGAUCAGCAGUGUAUCUGUUAUCUGUGCUCCAUGGAUGAACAUAAAGACCACGACAUUGUCUUAGCCUCAGCAGAACGGAGUAGGAGGCAGAGAGAGCUCGCAACGAGUCGACAAAGAAUCCAGCAGAGAAUCCAGGACAUAGAGAUUGACGUGAAGGCGCUUCAGCAGGAGGUGAGGGCUAUCAGUUGCUCUGCUGAUAAAGCAGUGAAGAACAGCGAGAAGCUCUUCGCUCAGCUGGUACGUCUUAUCAAGAACAGAAGCUCUGAUGUGAAGCAGCAGAUCAGAUCCCGGCAGAAAACUGAAGUGAGUCGGGCCACAGACCGUCAGGAGAAACUGCAGCAGGAGAUCACCAAACUGAGGAAGAAAGAAGCUGAGCUGGAGCGGCUCUCACACACAGAGGACCACACCCGGUUUCUACACAAUUACCCCUUUCUGUCAUGUCUUAGUGAAUCUACAGACUCACCCAGCAUCAAAAUCUGUCCUCUGCUAUACUUUAAGGAUGUGACAGCAGCUGUGUCAGAGGUCAGAGACAAGCUACAGGACAUUCUUAGUGAGGUAUGGACCAAGAUCUCACUGACAGAGACUGGAGUGGAUGUUUUACUGCCACAAGCAGAGCCCAGGACCAGAGCUGAAUUCUUACAGUGUUCAUGUCAAAUCACACUGGAUCCCAACUCAGCAAACACACAGCUGUUAUUAUCUGAAGGGAACAGAAAAGCAACCGUGACGAAUGAAAAACAGUUAUAUUCUAGUAAUCAAGACAGAUUUACUGACAUGUUUCAGGUCGUGAGUAGAGAGAGUCUGAGCAGACGUCACUACUGGGAGGUGGAGAGAAGCAGACAUGAAGUUUCAGUAGCAGUCACAUACAAGGAUAUCAGCAGAACAGGAUAUGAAAGUGGAUUUGGAAAUGAUGACAAGUCUUGGGCAUUAGAGUGUUUUAACAACAAUUAUGAAUUCAGACAUAACAGUAUUGGCACUUUUAUCGCAGGCCCUCAGUCCUCCAAAAUAGGAGUGUACCUGGAUCACAUGGCAGGUAUUCUGUCCUUCUACAGCGUCUCUGAAACCAUGACUCUCCUCCACAGAGUCCAGACCACAUUCACUCAGCCACUCUAUCAUGGACUUGGUGUUUUUGGUUCACACGGUAAUGGACCUGCUGCUGAAAUCUGUAAGCUUAAGUAGAUAGAAGUUAAGAGGCAGUGACUGUGAGUCAAUAGCUUCACAGAGAUUCAACUUGCUUCAUGAUUCACUGAUUAGCGAUUUGAUUGAAAUUUAAUUUAAGAACAGAUAUUGCUUUUUCUUUUUGAUUUGAUCUGACAAUGUAAUUUAUUAUUUGAUUCAUGGACUAUUAGUCAGACUUGUAUAACCAUUACCUAAACAUAAAUCCAUGCAAAUAUAUCUUUCAACAGACAUUAUUAUGGUUUUGGCUCACGAGGUACUUCAGGGGAGUUUUGCAAUGUUUGAAUACUGCACCUUCCUCUGGGAAGCCAAAGGAUUUUGGAUUCACGAGUAAUCAGAACAUUUAAAAUAACCUGGGUGCUGUCUUUCUCUGCCAUGUUUGCUUAUAAAAUGUGGCGUGAGUAAUGUUAGUUCCAGUAUAUGUUGAUUAUGAAGGAAAAAAAUCACCAAUUAAUUUGUGGAUUAAUUUACAGUUAGUCAAGGCACAAUUAUAGUACAGAUGCUGUCGUCUCCACACUAAUGAAGUCUUUUUUACUGCAUUCCAAAAGUAUUAGCUACUAUUUUUAUAUAUACAUUUGUUUACAGUUGCACAGUGAUUAAAAUUGCUUUGAAUCUGUAAAUAAUAAAUGUUUAACUAUGCAUUA